AUGUCUUCGGCGCCCGAGAAGCAGCAGCCACCGCACGGCGGCGGCGUCGGCGGCGGCGGGGGAGGCGGCGCGGCCAUGGACCCCGCGUCGUCCGGCCCGUCCAAGGCCAAGAAGACCAACGCCGGCAUCCGGCGCCCGGAGAAGCCGCCCUACUCGUACAUCGCGCUCAUCGUCAUGGCCAUCCAGAGCUCGCCCACCAAGCGCCUGACGCUCAGCGAGAUCUACCAGUUCCUGCAGAGCCGUUUCCCCUUCUUCCGCGGCUCCUACCAGGGCUGGAAGAACUCCGUGCGCCACAACCUCUCUCUCAACGAGUGCUUCAUCAAGCUGCCCAAGGGCCUUGGGCGGCCUGGUAAAGGCCACUACUGGACCAUCGACCCGGCCAGCGAGUUCAUGUUCGAGGAGGGUUCCUUUCGUCGGCGGCCGCGCGGCUUCCGAAGGAAAUGCCAGGCGCUCAAGCCCAUGUACAGCAUGAUGAACGGGCUCGGCUUCAACCACCUCCCGGACACCUACGGCUUCCAGAGCUCUGCCGGCGGCCUCUCGUGCCCGCCCAACAGUCUGGCGCUGGAAGGUGGCCUGGGCAUGAUGAACGGCCACUUGCCGGGCAACAUGGACGGCAUGGCUUUGCCCAGCCACUCGGUGCCACACCUGCCCGCAAACGGUGGGCACUCGUACAUGGGCAGCUGUGGCGGCACAGCGGCGGGUGAGUACCCGCACCACGACAGCUCGGUGCCUGCCUCCCCGCUGCUGCCUGCGACCGCCAGCGGGGUCAUGGAGCCGCACGCAGUCUACUCGGGCUCCGCGGCCGCCUGGCCGCCCUCGGCCUCUGCAGCCCUCAACAGCGGCGCCUCCUACAUCAAGCAGCAGCCCCUGUCCCCCUGCAACCCCGCGGCCAACCCCCUGUCUGGCAGCCUCUCCACGCACUCCCUGGACCAGCCAUAUCUACACCAGAACAGUCACAACGCCCCAGCUGAGUUGCAAGGCAUCCCGAGGUAUCACUCCCAGUCCCCCGGCAUGUGUGACCGCAAGGAGUUCGUCUUCUCCUUCAACACCAUGGCAUCCUCGUCCAUGCACUCGGCCGGCAGUGGCUCCUACUACCACCAGCAGGUCACCUACCAAGACAUCAAGCCCUGUGUGAUGUGAGACCACAGCUAGCAGGCCCCACCGGGCCCGGGCGGCCUGGCGCAGGGACCUGGAACGCAUUGCAAGAAACUGCUUUAUUCUUGAGGUAUAACCAUAGGCAGAAGACGAGGGUUUGACCCCUACCCACCUGGAUUAUUUGGAAAGAAAUCCCCAAGGCAAAGACGCAGCAUGGCGGUCAGCACCUCCUCCCCAACUUCUUCAAAAGAUUAACACAUGGUGGCUGUGGGGUCUGUCUGACCGCAGCUGUUGGUAAAUAAGUAUCUGUUUUUGAUCCAGUUGAAGGCGGCUGAGAAGGUGCUGUGUUGGGGGGACCCUCAACAUCUAAAUGAGAAUUCUGCUGAGGCCUCUCCCCGCCUUCCCUCCAAUGGCAGAAGUGGGGGAAGGUUUUCAGAAGAAAGGCAAACAUGUGAGACCAUCAUUAUCAAAUACUUUAUUUUUUGGUUGAGUAUUUAUCUUUUU